AUGCCGACGCCGCCAACAACAUCACCCACGCGCGUCAGUCAAGGAAUCAAGCAACUUCCCCUUUUCGAGCACUUCGAUACAGAAACGCCCACAGCGAAGCUUCAUGCGCAGAAGAUAGCUAUGCCGCCGACUCCCCCGUCUGAGAAGCCACCGGCCUCGUCACUUGCUUUGCCAUCAUCCUCAAUCGCAGCGCCGAGCUCCCCCACAUCAGGGUUCCAGACUCCACGGGAAAGGCGCAGCAUCAGCAACCGCUUCUGGGAGAAGAACGCAGCACCCUCCACAGACGGCGCACGCGGCAUCUCCCUAGCAAGCGACUCCAGCGACUCCGACGAUAGUUCCGAAGCUGCAAACAUCAAGACUCACAAUCGCCUAGAAUCAAACAUCAAGCGGCUACUCGCACUAGAAACCGGCCCCGUGCGGCUCAAGACCUUGAGUACAAACGAGACAGUCCGCGAAUACACCUCCCUUCUCGACGCUUUCGCGCACAAGCCUAAGACGCAGAGGAAGCGCAAAAAGGCUACGGAUGCGCUGCAGGCGUUUCUGGAAGAACAUGAUCAGAUUGUGGAGGUGUAUAAUCAGUAUGCUAGACUGGACCGCAGGGUGUGCAAGGACCGCGUGUUGCCCGAGUUCGAGGUGUAUUACCCUCCUGAGUCCAAGCAGACCAAGGACUCUACCGUCAAGGACUCUUCCAGCGACGUGCGCCGCGCACCGGCAAAGCAUGGACAUGCACAUACUGAAGAAGACGAUAGCGAUGCAGAGGGCAUUGUCACGCAGACUGUGAGGCAUGGUGAAGACUUUGAUGCGCCGAGCGUGUUCAAUACGAGGGGGGUGAGUGUGCCGAGUAUCUUCAAUCGGAAGAGUGGUGAGAUGGCGGAGAAGAAUCAGAGGAGGUUUUUGCUGUAUAGGAGGGAUGCUCCGCUGAAGAAGAAUGAUGAGGGGGUGGUUAGGGAUGAGGGAAGGCCGAGUUGGGAUGAGGAGGUGAGGGGAGAGGGGACGCCGACGCGGCCUGGGAAGAAGAGGAAGGUUGCUUAG